UAAAAAUAAGAGCUGAUUUUCACCAAAUUGUAACAACAUCAAGUUUUUUUUUUUUUUUUUGCACAAAAUUAAACUACUUCCUCUGUUUUUUUUUUACUUGCAACGUUUUCUGUUUUUGUCAAUUCUUUAUUACUUACAACGUUCUAUUUUCUGUAAUAUAUUAUAUCUAUCUUUCUCUUAAAUACAUGCAUUUUUUUUUUUAAUAUUUUAUCUCUCUUCUCUCCUUGGUCCCUAUGAGAAAAACGUUGCAAGAAAAAGGAAACGAAAACGGCAAAAUAAUAGAAGACUUGAUGUGUCGUUUCCCUGGCCAGUUGCUGAAUACGAGAGUGUUCCAUUUAAGCUACUUGUGUCACUUAUCAGUUAUCAGUGUGUGGCUUGAAGAAACGAAGAGAGGCUGAGAACCUCAAAAACCCAGUUACAUACACUUCCAUGAACUCAUUCCUCUCAACUUUCUCUUUCCCUCAUCAAUUCCCCACUAUUACCUCUUUCCCACUUAAUUUCUCCCACUAUUCUCUCUCCUCCACCACUCAAAACCUUAACUUUCUCUCUCCUAAACCCCAUUCCCACCCUCCCAUUCCCAUUCCUAAACCCUUAUCCUCAAAAUCCGACCAAACCCACAAUUCAUCUUCCCCAACAAAAACUCAAGAUGAUGGAAUUCCCAUUGAUUACGUCAAAACCCUUGUUAAAUUCAAGUCUCGUUAUAACUACAUUAGGGUUUUAGAAGUUUCUAGAAAGUCAGACCACCCUUUUAGAGGUUCAAGACUCCUCCUUUUAGAUGGUCCUGGUUCAGCUGCUAAAAUCAUUUUGGAGUUAUACCCACAAGUUGUGGUUCAUGGUUGGGAGAUUGAUCCUGCUGUUAUUGAUGUGGGGAGGAAGUAUUUCGGGCUUUCGAAGCUCGAAAAACAGUUUCCUGAUAGGGUUUUUGUGUACAUUGGUGAUGCAUUGAAAGCUAGUGUGAGAGAUGGGUUUUCAGGGAUUUUGGUUGAUUUGUUUAGUGAAGGGAGUUUGAUACCUGAGCUUCAGGACCCUUUGACUUGGAAGAAUUUGAAGAAGAAGUUGAGGAGAGGUGGAAGGAUUAUGGUUAAUGUAGGAGGAAGUUGUGUUGAGGCCGAGGAUUCGAGGAGAGACGGGAAGUUAGUGAUGGAAGAGUCUUUGAAGGCAAUGUAUAAGGUUUUUCCUGGUCAGUUGUAUGUUUUGGGACUUGGGAAUAGGGAGGAUGAUAGUUCCCUUGCUCUUACAGGCGAUUUUCCGGAUUUGAUUGCUUGGAAGAAGGCAAUGCCUAAGUCUUUGAGGGGUUAUGUUGAUAUGUGGACUCCUUUUGGUGGAUAGUUCUUCUUAUGCUAUGCUUUUAGGUUUUAAUUUAGGAUUGGAUUACUUGAGAAAUGAGAUAGUUCACUGUUAUUGCCAAUUCGUUUCUGUCAUUGGGGGAUGUAAAUACAAUUCUUGCCAAAUGAAGAUGGUGGAAUUGGGAAAGAAGUAGAAUUGCAAAUUCAAAUUUAGGGAAUGAUAGAAAUGCUAAAUUAGGUGUUGAAUUUUGUAUGUAGAAUCCUUCUGAAAGAUCAACCAAAUCAUAUUGAUUUCUUGUUUGAUCUGUGCUGUGUAAUGAACAUAAUACAUGUGUUGGUUUGUAAGUGAUCUUUGCACCCCUCUUUUCUUU